CAACUCUUUCUCUAUACUUUCCCCUCUUGUACAUGCAGAACUGUGAUGUUUUUCCUGACAUCCGAUCAUCUUUAUCAUUAACUCAUCCAACCAACUUUCCCGACAGGACGAGUCGUCAUCAUGCUUUCGUAAUCUCGUCACGAAUACACCAGCUGCCAAUUUCUUAACAUCUUCAUCAUAAAUAUUUUCGUGUACGUAAUCCACCCACAAAAAAAAACACCUUAUUAUACCACCGAGUCACCGUCAUCCUUAAAUUCAUUCAUUCAUUCAUUGAUGAAGCAUGAGGAAUCAGUGUGUGUGAUACUAUUAUUAAUCGCCAUGUGCCACUCUGUCCCACCACAGCAACAGGAAUUCAUUGUUACGCCAGCUAAUUUCAUGUGACGCAGUGGUCAUGGUCAAUUCGUUGUUGGUGGAUUUCAUCCCAUCUUUUACACAUUUAUUGCGUCGAUCUCUAAACAAACUCUGACUUUGUUCCACCACAAAUUUUGGCGAGAUUAUUUUAUUGGUGCGUUUUCGUUGACAAUCAGGAAGUGAGGACAGUGAGGAGUGGAGGAUUUUGUGUAAAAGUGAAUCAUCAUCGCAAUAUCAUCAUCAUCGUCAACCAAAUGCACGGGAGAGUAUUAUUAUUACAUCAACUCUUUCCCACAACCCUUUACUUUUAACACGUUAACAUACUAUUCAUUCUCAACUUUUUACCAGUCACCAACAACUUUGUAUUCUUUUUUGUACUACUGCUCCGUAUUAUUAUUAGCUGAUUCAAUCCGACCCACCUGAAUCACGUGCUCUCUCACGUAAAAUCAGUUGUUCGAAAUGUUGCUAAUUACUAAAUGUGUUCUAGUUGACCGUUAAUAUCUACAAGGAAAUAUAUAAAUAUUGGGAAAGGAAAACUUAAAAUAACUACAUGUUAAGCAAAUUGCGUUGCACAGCAUCAUUUUAAGGUCACGGUUUCACCUAAUAAUAUUUAACUUUUCCUGAGGGAGGAGAUCAGUGGUGGUGGAAAUGCCAUUGACAUAUAAAAGUGACAGAAGAUUAGGUGAAUUCUUCUCUGGAAACGUGCUAAAAUAUCGAGAGGCUAAAAUUUCGCCAAACUUUGGCAUUUAAUAAUACUCCACCCUUCCCUGUUAUCAAAAGGAGUAAAAAAUUUUGACUCAAAAUGGAGCACAGGAAGGAGGCGGAAGCUGUCUACUUUGCACAAGAAGACUCGCAUAUAGUCAUGUCGGAAAAGGUGCAAGCCUUGGCAGGAAGCAUUUACCAAGAGUUUGAGCGGAUGAUUGGCAAGUAUGACGAGGAGGUGGUGAAGGACUUGAUGCCUUUGGUGGUCAACGUGUUGGAAUGUCUGGACCUGAGCUACACAGAAAACCAGGAACACGAGGUGGAGGUGGAACUGCUCAGAGAGGAUAAUGAACAAUUGGUCACACAGUAUGAAAGAGAAAAGGCCUUGCGUAAAACUUCAGAACAGAAAUUAUUAGAACUAGAAGAUCACUCGGAGGAGACAAAUAAAGAUCUAACUAGCAAAAUUGAGAGCCUAGAAGCAAUUUUGCGCAUGUUGGAACUUAGAUCGAGAAAUGGGGCAGACCAUGUUUCACGCCUUGAGGAGAAAGAGAACGAAAUGAAAAAAGAAUACUCCAAGUUACAUGACCGAUACACCGAGUUGUUCAAGACUCACAUGGAUUACAUGGAGCGUACUAAAAUUUUAAUGGGAACUGAUCGCCUUGAAAAUUUCGGCAUAUCCGGAAUGAAUAGAAAGUUAAACAACCUAAUGACAAGGUCGGCUGGUCCGAUGUCAUACGGUUUUGAAUCACUUGCAAAUAAUUCUUCAAUGAUGAAGUCAUAUACUAGUCCAGAUGGGUCAAGUGGCUCAAUUCCUUAUCAGUCUGGCAACAUGCGGCCUCCAAAUAUACAGGAAGAAAUGAGUAUGGACGACGUCUCGGAAGCUUUGCCCGACAGCGAAGUUCCUAAUGGGACUGAUGACGAUUUUGAUGAGUUAUCAGAAAGCAGUAUCCAACAACUUCAACCAGCCAAAAGUAAAACUAAAAAGGAGGAAAGAACAAGUAACACACAUGGGACUGAUCGAGGGCGUUCAAAUAUCCUGUAUCAAGAAUGCAUUUUCCAAGAUCCAGAACUUGCAGAAGAAUCAAGUGAAAUCACAGGAAGCUGGGUACACCCUGGAGAAUAUGCAUCGAGCGUCAACGACAACUUUUUUGGAAUGGGAAAAGAGGUGGAGAACCUGAUUUUAGAAAAUAGCGAGCUUUUAGCAACAAAAAACGCUCUCAAUAUAGUAAAAGAUGACCUAAUCGCAAAAGUUGAUGAAUUGACAAGUGAACAUGAAAUACUACGGGAAGAAAUUACAUCUAUAAAUGCAUUAAAAGCCAGAAUGAAAUUGCGUAACACAGAGCUAGAAGACGAAAUAAAAAAGAUCAAGGAGGAGUAUGAAAAGAAGUCACAAAACAAAUCUGAUGACGAGGACGAUGUCCCACUUGCCCAGAGGAAGCGAUUUACUCGUGUGGAAAUGGCCAGAGUUUUAAUGGAGAGGAAUCAGUACAAGGAACGCUACAUGGAACUGCAAGAUGCUGUCAGAUGGACAGAAAUGCUUCGAGCUGCAAAACAAGACCCCUCUUUGGAAAAGCGAAACAAUCGGGGGAUUUUUAACUUCUUCAGCAACUUAUUUAGCAAGGGAGCCUCCCCUGCCGGCCCCAUUACGACGGAUCGACUAGUGUCCACCGGUGGGAUGGUGCCUCACGUGUCUCCCACGCGCAACCCUACCACCAUGAAUCAACCCGGUUCCGACACUUUUCGACCAAACCGUACCUCGGAACUCUCUGCCGAUAAAUUGCAACUGCGUCGAUUGGGGGAACCACAACAGCGGCGUGAUACUGCGACCUACAACAAAAUCAAGGCCCAUGUGCGGAAGGACGAUGGGAGAAUGCAGGCUUACGGAUGGAGCUUACCUGCAAAAUCCAACCCACCCAACUUAUCCAAUGCAAGCGGUUCGGACAGCUCUCAACACUCGAGAAGUCAAUCUUCAGACAGUCAAGCUGGACGUCAUUUACCAGUACCAGUCCCAAUUUACUGUAGGCCUUUCAUGGAACAAAGUCCUGGGAUGCGAAUCUUUUGUGCAUCCGGAGUCAAUUUAUGUCCUCCUGCAACUGGGGACAGACCGAGUUACUUGUCCCAUGUUUGGGUUUGCACAGCUACCCAUUCGACCAGUAGAGUCAGUAUCAUAGAUGCCAAUCGACCUGCAGAAAUUUUGUUAAGUUUCGAAGUCUGCUCAUCUCAUCUUUUAUGCAUUUCUUCGGUACCUGGAGCGACAACAGGGGACUUUCACGGGGAUGAAGGGAUCUCUUCCGCAGUUGCAGCUGCAAUGGUGGAUGGGGUAGUACCGGAUGGAAUAAAUCUAGAUUACAAGACCGUUAUUGCAGAGACUGAUAGCAAAAGUCGGCCUGAGGAGGUUGGGGGUAAUAGUGAUUCUCCGGAAGAUGCAGAAGGUGCUUCUUUAGCUGUUGAAGCUACUGCUGAAAACUUAUCAGCUGAAAACCAAGAUGAGUUGAAUUCAGAGUUAGAACCAAGAUCGACGAGUCAAUUUGCGACAAUGUGGCUUGGAGCUCAAAAUGGAUAUCUCUACAUCUAUUCUGCAGUAUCUCAGCGAAAUGUAUGCCUUCACAAAGUUAAACUUCCGGAUUCUAUACUUGCCAUAUCGCAUCAUCGUGGUCGCACUUUUGUUUCGAUGGCAAAUGGAACAGUUGCCAUAUUUAAGAGAGGUACAGACGAAUCAUGGGACGUGUCAGGUUAUCAUCUUGUCGACUGGGGCCAACCACACCAUUCCAUCAGAUGUCUUUCUGUGGUGCAUGAAGAAAUAUGGUGUGGUUUCAGGAACAAAAUUUAUGCCAUUGAUGUCUUGACGUUGCAACCGAAGAAAACAUUUGAAGCUCAUCCCCGCAAGGAGAGUCAAGUCAGACAGACGGCCUGGUGUGGGGAUGGCGUCUGGAUCUCAAUUCGGCUUGACUCAACCCUACGCUUAUACCAUGCUAGAACCUAUGAACACUUGCAAGAUGUCGAUAUUGAGCCAUACGUUUCCAAAAUGCUGGGGACUGGAAAGUUAGGAUUUUCAUAUGCCAGAAUCACAGCGUUAUUAAUUGCUAGUCAGAGGCUUUGGAUAGGAACCGGGAACGGAGUCAUCAUCUCCGUUCCCCUCUCCGAAACCAGCUUUACGAGAACAAAUCCAUUUAGUAGUCAAAAGACACCUGGGACAGUGAUCCGAUUCACUGGAGAUGACAACUCUAGAAACAUUCCCUACUGUUCCAUGCCCCAGGCUCAGUUGUCCUUUCACGGCCACAGAGAUGCAGUCAAAUUUUUCGUGGCCGUACCUGGUGGUGGUAACACGAGCGUCGAUCCUGUACCGGAUGGAGAAGUCGAUCUUGCAAUUCGCACCUUAUCAGACUCCAUGCUGGUCAUUUCGGGGGGUGAUGGAUAUGUCGAUUUCCGUGUCGGUGAUGGUGACGACUCUUCAAUGAAUUUGAAAUCAAUGUCGGACCCCAACCAGCCAGGGGAUAAGCCACACAUCAUCAUUUGGCAAAUACCGUCUCUCACGCCUUCCCCACAACCCCAACAACAAGAACCCACGAAGUAAAAUUAAUUAUUACUUGUCUAAAUUAAUACUAAUUUCAUUGGGUUAAAUGAAGAAACAAAGUUGCUUCAAUGCUACAUAUUCACUACUGGAUGGAUGAUGUAAAAAGUAUUGAAAUUUGAUUUGAACCAGUCUAACAAAACCCAUGGCCUUUUAUUUAGUGGCACGAUUAUAGAGGGACUGAUACCAUUAAGACACUUCUUGACACUUGACACUGCUUGACCAAAGUGAACGAUUGAAAGUCGUACAUAUAAGUACUGACUUCAGCGAGGUGAUAAUUUUACGCAAAUGCAAAUAGCAACAAUUUUAUUAUUUUUCAACUAAAUUCCCUUAAGACAUGAGAAAUUGCAAUUAUUAUUACAACGAGAGAUUCUUGAUACUAAUAGUUUCGUACAUGUUACGGAUGGAUUGUAUGGAAUCGUGACAGCUUGUUUGUAAUAUUUAUUGUAUUUAGUUAGCCGAUAACUAAUUGCGAAUGCGUAACAAGUAAAAUCAAAACCAAAGUGUAGAAUGCAAAUUCAACAAACCAAAGAAAGAAAUAAGUGACUUGUGGUAUUAUACGAACUCGCCUAACUAAAAGUAAGAUAACAUAAAAUUAGGAUUUAGUAUGACAUGCAAUGCUUAAACUAUUGCAUAUUAUUCGUAGAGAACGCUAAUAAUGUACAGCUGAAAUUUUAUCGCAAUUAUGUAAGAACAAUUUGUGAUCAUUGUUGCAUUAUGAUUUCUUAAUUAGGAUUAACUUAUUGACACUGCAAUUUGUAUGAGUUUAAAAAUUACAAAAUAUUGUUUUAUUAAUUAAACUGACCAGAAAUAACUGAUUGAUGGCUCCACCUUCUUCCGCAAUCGAAAUUUAAAACGAAAUGAAAAACAGACUGAUUGAUUCAAGAAUAAAUAUUUACGUACUUUUUAUUUGUACGUGAAA